AUGUGCAGGUACGAGGCCCGGCUCGAGGAGUUGCUCCAGGCAAGGGAUCGCUUUCUCAAGCCCGAUGGCCUCAUGUUCCCGGACCGCGCGAAGCUGUUCGUGUCGCUGAUGGAGGACCCUGACUACAAGAGGAGCCACUACGAGUACUUCGGAGACGUGUGGGGCUUCGACUUCAGCGCCAUGAAAGAGGCUGCGAUGUCGGAGCCGGUGGUGCAGGAGGUGAAUGAGUCCCAUACGAAGUGA